AACCUGUUAUGGAUGCUGUUAUGGAUGCUGUCAACUCAUAUCAAGUUGUUGUGGGCCAGCAAACAAUUGACACACUGAAGAGUAAUCUCACCACAGUCUUCAUCCCUAUCCUCUACAUCAUUGUGUUUGCGGUGGGACUUCCUGCCAAUGGCAUGGCCAUCUGGGUGUUCCUCUUUAGGAUGAAGAAGAAGCACCCGUCCUCCAUCUACAUGGCCAACUUAGCUCUGGUUGACUUGCUCUUUGUCAUUUUGGCACCUCUAAAAAUCCAAUACCAUUUUAAUGGCAACAACUGGAUCUACGGGGAGGCGCUGUGCAAAGUCUUUGUGAGCUUCUUCUAUGGGAACAUGUACGGCUCCGUGCUUUUCAUCGCCUGCCUCAGUGUGCAGAGGUACUGGGUGGUGGCUCACCCUCUGUCCCAGCAGAGGAACAACAACAAAGUGGCGGUCGGUGUUUGCGUGGCCAUCUGGGCUUUCAUCUGGAUCACCAGCACGCCUCUGUACCUGUACGACCACACCGCACAACUCAAAGACCCCAACAUCACCACCUGCCACGAUGUCAACAUCAUCGAGGACCGUCUCAACCCGUUCCCCUCUGUGCAGCUGCCUUACUACUACUUCAUCUUCAUGGGAUCGGUGGUGUUCCUGGUCCCUUGUAUAGUGAUCGUGGUGGCGUAUGUUCUGCUUCUCCGAGCACUGGGGAACAGCAUGGAGGCCAGCAAAGCAGCAAAGAACCGCCACAGAACCGUGGUGCUGAUCUUGACCGUGCUGUUUACUUUUCUGGUGUGCUUCAUCCCCAGUAACAUCAUGCUGGUGGUGCACUACUCUCUCCUGAAGGAUGGAGUGAUUAAUAAUGGUUACAGCUUCUACAUCUCCACUUUAUGCCUGGCCAGCCUCAACAGCUGCCUGGACCCGUUUAUCUACUACUUUGUGUCCAAGGACUUCAGGAACCACGUGAAGAACACUCUGCUGUGCAGGAGCAGCCGGACCGUGGCGAGGAUGAAGAUUUAAUUCAGCUCCAUGAAAUACUCCAGGAAGAGCAAGUCGUACAUGUCCGAGAGUGGGAACACACAGAGCAGCUCCUGCUAGAGGUACGAUGGAUGAAGGGAACAAUAGAAAGACUAAAGGGAUAUCAAACCUGUAUUUAUUCACUGAAAACAUGGUGACGCAAAAAGGUGUGUAAUUAGUGCUGGUUAGUGUUGAAGAAAGGAAGAAAAUGGAACAAUGUAUUUUAUUAUAUAAAGCUUAAAUAUGCUAAAAACUGUGUUAAAACUCUGAAUGCCAUAGUCAUGUAUCGUAUAGUUUAAUGCUUUAGCAAUAUAAACAGGAUGUAUAACAAAAAUCCUUAAUAACAUAGGUACUCAUAAAGACCUGUAAUACGCACUUCCUCUUUCGAGGAGAUGAACUUUCUAUGCACUUCCCCUUUCGAGGAGAACA